AUGGCAGACUGGUACAUCCAUUGUGACUCCCACUUCAACUCCCUGGACGUCUACAACAUGGAAAUGCCAGUUGAACCUGAGCAAGGAGCAGUAACAGCUGGUUCCCACUUUCGUGAAGGAGCUCUAGACCUCAUGGAGGACCUGAGGCUCAUAAGCGACCUGAACCACGAGAGUGAAGUUAUCCAAAUAGACCAAGUGAACCACAAAGAUGGUGAUGAGAACCACAAGAGCCAUGGGAGAUGCCAGGAUCCCGGAGAGGUGCAGCUCCAAGAACCCCUGCCCUUGGCUACUGCAGUUCCACAGCACCCUCGCAGGCGAUCACGCGUCUUAUUCAAGCUUGCAGCUUGGCAGGUGCAGGAACUGGAAAAUGUUUUCAAAAAAAUUCAGUACCCUGAUGUGCUCACAAG